UAAACAUAUUUUAUAAGGAAGAAUAUCGAAAGGAAAGGCUGGAUUACAGGAUCUUUACGCARCAAGCAAUGCAAAACUACACGAAACGCUUUUGUUGCUAUUGAGCUGCGUCUAUCUUAGGUCACUAUGAAUGUCAGAGAAAAGGCAAAAAAUUAUGAAGCUUUUAUGUCCAAGUYAUCCUCUAUGGAGAGAGAAAAGAAAAGAGUUCGUGAAGAAAGGACUUUAACAUCGAUAUCAGGGCCAGGAAUGGGUGACGAGAAAAAAAUGGCUGGAGAAGGUAAAACAAAACCAGUUCCACCACCAAGAAGAAAGAAGCCUCUAGAAAAAAAACAGAUAAGUCCUCAACUUCAACACAAGUCAACAUUUUCAAUGCAUGUUAAUAGCCCAGCAGUAGUCCAUCCUAAACCUUCAAAGCCACUACCCACUGAAAAGCCAACAAUUACCAGGAAACCACCACCUAGACCUACACCAUAUCAUCCAUCAUCACCUUCUCUUGAAACUAAAGUACCUCAGAAAAGAAUCAUACCUAAAAGACCUUCUCCAGUAACUAGACCUACACCUGCUGCAUCAUCUCCUGGAAGCCCAAAAACACCACCUCAGAGACCACCUCCUCCGAGUAAAUCAUCAUCAUUACCUAGGAAACCAAAACCCCCUGUACCUCCAAAACCAAUCAGGCCUGUGAAACCCUCGAUAGUAACAAGAAAGGAAAAAUCAGCAACUUUACCGAAAACUGGUUCGUGGAAGCCUGAAAAUAUGACUGAGGAUAAUGUUGAGAAUGUAGAGACAAAAGGUAAAAGAUCAUUAACUGGGCCAUUUAGGAUUAGGCUGGAGAAAAAGGAUGAAGUGGAGAAGAUAGAGAAAACAGUUGAUAACUUUACAAAAGACAUAAGCAUGGAAGGAAAAGGAACUUUACAACUUGAURCCAAAAAACCUGGAGAAUGUGUUAUGAAACAAACUGUGGGAAAUACAGAAUUGGAAGAAGAAAAUGAAACACAUGAACUACAGCCUCAGAGUUCGUCAUUAGCUGAGGAUUUGUCUGAAAAUGGUGAAAUUUCAAAUGGUUUUUCUCGAGAUGACAAAGAUAAUAGAACACUAAAUGAAGAAAUUUUUAAAGACGAUAAAGAAUCAAUAACUAUUUUUAAACAAGACAUUUUAGAUAACGCUAAUGAAAAAAAGGAUAUAGAAAAAGAUGAUAUUGUUAGAAGUGAAGAAAGUUUUACUGGAAACCGUACUGAUAAUGAUGUCAGGAUAGACGAACACAGUGAAAGAGUUGUAGAUGUUCAAAAUGAAGACAAAGGUAAGGAAGUAGUAGAGGAAGCAAAUGAACCUUCUCUUUCUGUUUCGUUAGAAAAUAUGGAUAGUUUGAGAGGUGCUGAAUUGUGCAAGGAAUUGCCAUUUGCUAGUGAAUUGAGCUUAGAGGUUGAAGAAAAGAGUCUAGAGGUUCCAGAAGAAAAAACUACGGAUACAGCUGAAGGUGGAGAAAUUAUGGCAAACGGGCAUCUUGAAGGUGAUGACUUUGAGAAUAGACAAUCAUUAUUUAACAGAGAUACAACAAGCCUUACUCAAACAACAGAACACCUUGAGGAGAUCAUGCCAAUAGAUAUGGCAGUAGAAGACUCCACUGAGAAAAAAAUUGAAACUUAUAAUGAAAUCAGUUGUUCAUCUUUGGUUGACAACAGCAACGGGACUGUGGGUGAAGAUGAAAAAAUAAUUGGUGUUGAUGAGUCUCUAGAGAAGGAGGAAGUACAGCAAGUAGAUGAAUCUGCAGUUUGUGAUGAAAACGAGUCUCAUUUGAGUGAAGAAACUGCAGUAGGUGAAGAAAACUCUAGCGAGCAGGAUAAGUCAGAAGCCAUUACUGGAGUUGAACAAAGUGAUGUGCAACAAUUAGACACUGAUGAAAUUCUUGAGAUAAUCCCUAAAGAGGUUGAGCUAGCUGUAGAUGAAGAGAAGCAUAACCAGAAUGAUUCAGUACCAGGAGUAGAGAGUUUAGAAGAAGGAGAAAGGAAGGAUGUGGAUAAAGAUGCGAUGACARAAGACAAACAGUGUGAGGAUGAAAUCAACAAGAAGGAAGAAGCGAAAAAAGAAACAAUUGCAGAUGCUCUGCAACAAAAUGAAUCAAAGCCUGAUUCAGUACCAGGAGUAAAGAACUUAGAAGAAGAAGAAAGAGAGGAAACUGUAGAUGUAGAUAAAGAUGGGAUGACGGAAGACAAACUGUGUGAGGAUGAAAUAAACGAGAAGGAAGAAGCGAAAAAAGAAACAAUUGCAGAUGCUCUGAGACAAAAUGAAUCAAAGCCUGAUUCAGUAUCAGGAGUAGAGAACUUAGAAGAAGGAGAAAGGGAGGAAACUGUAGAUGUGGAUAAAGAUGCGAUGACAGAAGAGAAACAGUGUGAGGAUGAAAUAAACAAGAAGGAAGAAGCAAAAGAAGAAACAAUUGCAGAUGCUCUGAGACAAAAUGAAUCAAAGCCUGAUUCAGUACCAGGAGUAGAAAACUUAGAAAAAGGAGAAAGGGAGGAAACUGUAGAUGUGGAUAAAGAUGCGAUGACAGAAGACAAASAGUGUGAGGAUCAAAUAAACGAGAAGAAAGAAGUGAAAGAAGAAACAAUUGCAGAUGCUCUGCAACAAAAUGAAUCAAAACUUGAAGGUUUUUAUGAAGCUUCUCUUGAGCAGCSGAGUAGCUUAACAAAAGAAGAAAAUUCAUUACUUCAGGAAGGAAUGAUUAAAACAGCAGCAGAACAGGAACUUUCAAGGCAAAUAAAUAAAACCCAGACUAGCAUGGAAGAGGUGCAGGGAAUAGCAACUGACACAGAUCAACGUGGUGUGUUAUCUUCCAAGCAAGAUGUUCCUACAGAAACAGAUUCUGAAAAACUUGUCUUUACGGCAAACAGUUCAAGAGAUAAGGACAUUCAAAUGGAUAUUGAGGAUCAGGCAAAACCAGAGAAAAUUGGGGAAAUGAGUGAAGAAGAAAUUCUUGAAAGUGUUUCUCAAAAGGAAACCAUAUCUUCAAAAACAGAACUUUUUAAUCAGAAGAAGGACCCUUUUUCUCUAAAUGAGCCCAUUAGACCAAGAAGGCCAAGUCGCCUCAAGAAACUAGCAAAGAGCAAUAAUACAGAAACUGAAACUAUAACAGUCAGUAAACCAUUGGUUGAAUCACAAAUAGAAGAAAACUGCAAAGAAGAAAAAACACAAUCAAAGCCUGUUGCACCAUAUGAAAGCGUCGUACUUAAUGCAUCAAAUAAAGAAGUGCUGCCUGAGCCUUCACAAAAUUCACAACAGUGUGUCCUACAAAAGCCAUUUCYAGGAUAUGAAAAUGUCAUUUUACGCACUGAAGUAGAUAAAAGCCAAGAAAACGGAAGCCCCAGUAUCUAUGAGGUUCCACGACGUAGUUCGUUUCAUUCACAUACAUCGGACAAAAAGAUAGUUCGUAUAUCGCGGUCAUCGUCAAUAGGUUCCCUUGAACGAAAGUCUGAAUCAGAGUAUCAAGUACCUAAACCUAAGCCCAGAUCAAAGACUGUAGCAGAGCAGACCUAUGUUGUGCCUAGAUCAAGAAAUUCUACUGAAUCUUCUGAAAAUGAUGAUACCUACGUCGUACCCAAGGCUCUCAGAACAACAACUACUACUCAGGCUUCUCCCACUCAGGCUUCUCCAGUUUUUGAGUCUGAAUAUCAUGUUCCUCAGUCAUUAGUGAGAGAAGAAUCUACAGAAGCUGUGUACCAGGUGCCGCCAAGAUUAAGGUCUACAACUGGUUCAGAAGAAAAAGAAGGUGUGUAUUCUGUCCCUACAUCUUCUACUGUUCAUAGAGGAUCAAGGACAGAGCACUCUUCUGGAUCAGAAGAAGAGGAAGGGAUGUACUCAGUUCCAACUCCUGCCGUUUCUGUUCCAAGGGAGAUGCAUGCCGAAACAGAAAGAGUGAGACAGCCUUCUGAAUGUGAAGAGGAAUCUGUGUACUCUGUUCCUAGUAAUCCUGUGGCAAAAGAAUCCGAGCCAUCUUCAGAUUUGACCUCGCUGGAGGAAGGAGGACUUAGUCGUUCUAGUAGAUCUUYGGUUUUAACAUCCAGAAAUCAACUUCCAUUGUCUUUCAAACAUGCUCCUCCUAAACCACCACGGAAAAGUAUCACAGAGGGGUCCAUAAAUGAAAACAAAGAUUCUAUGAGUGGAGAAGAAGAUAAAGAUUUCAAGCCUGUACCUGUGCCGAUACCAAGGACAAUAGCUGGAAAUACACAGCAGAACUCUGAGGCUAUACCUAGGGUGAUACUGCAGCCAAAACCAAGGCACAGGGAAGCAGAUGGAUCACCUGAAAUGAUAGAAGAAGUGCUUCCACCUCCUUCACCACACAAGGAUCAGUCGAAAUCAUCUCCAAAACCAAAGCGGCCUGCACCGCCUAGACCAAAAGCUCCUGGUGUUUCUCCCCUUAUAGACAAAGAACAUGAAGCAACUGCUGCUCCAGAAGUGAAAAAUCAUUCAGCCCCUCCUAGACCUCCACCGCCGUAUGUGAACAGGACUAGCUUUGCCCCAUCAAAACCAGAAUCGGUUUGUUCAUCAACUUUCUUACAAUCUGAAAGUUCUGAGUCUGAAUCUGAAGAAGAAAAGCCACCAGAGCCCACUGGCCCUUCAAAGAAGAAAACAUGUUUUAUUGCUCAUGAAAUUCUUUCAACUGAGAAGACCUUUGUUAAUGCACUUACUCUGUGUUAYGAGGACUGCUAUGGUCUCAUUAGAAGUGCAGACGUUGUCCCAGAAUCAGUUCUAAAUGAUAUAUUCAAGGAUCUGGGAAACAUUUAUCAAUUAGACUCUAACUUUCUACAAGAAUUAGAAGAAAGAAUGAAAACAUGGGAUGAACAUGAGCGAAUAGGAGAUAUUGUUAAAAAGUAUGGACAUUUUCUCAAGAUAUACACAACAUACAUCAAUAACUAUGAUAAAGCUAUGAAUGUGCUACAAGAGACAACCAAAGAGAAUCCACAAUUUGCUGAGCUUGUUCAUCAGUUUCAGGCUAGUGAGAAAUGCAAAGGCCUGUUCCUCAUAUCAUUUAUGCUGAAGCCAGUGCAGAGAAUACCAAGCUACAGAUUAUUAUUAAAAGAUUACUUGAAGCAUCUUCCACCUGAAUCAGAUGAAUGCAAAGACAUCAAAGUUGCUCUAGACAUUGUAUCAGAGGUUGCGACACAUAUCAACGAGUCCAUGAAAAGAGCAGAUAACUUUGAGCGAGUGCUUAGAAUUCAAGAAAUGCUUGUUGGUAAUGCAGAGAUCGUAAAACCUGGUCGCGAUCUAAUCAAAGAAGGAGUUCUGAAAAAGUUAUGCAGAAAAGACAUGCAAGAAAGAGUUUUCUUUUUGCUGACUGAUGUUCUCCUCUACACUGCACCUGUGGGUAGUACGCAGUACAAACUAAAAGAAAAACUACCUCUGCUGGGAAUGAAGGUCACGCUUCCAGAGUCUCCAGAUUUCGAGAAUGAGUUCARCAUUAUAAGCAAAAUGAGGUCAUUUACUCUGUCAGCAAGCACGCCCGCGGAAAGAGAUGAAUGGAUUGAGGAACUAAGAAAUGCAAUAAAUGCUUUGGCAGACAAGAAGAAGACGUUCCUGAAGCCCAAAGAGGGUGCAGUUGCAAAUAAUGAUGAAGUAGAGGAGGAAAGUAAGAUUGGAGAGAAAGCUCCAGUAUGGAUACCAGACGCGCGCGUAACCAUGUGUAUGUUAUGUACAGAUAACUUUACCGUGACUAACAGAAGACAUCACUGCAGAGGAUGUGGAAAGGUGGUCUGUGGCUCUUGUUCUGACAAUCUUGCRCCAUUAGCAUACCUUGACUAUGUACAGGCUCGUGUUUGUGAAGUCUGCUAUGAUUUUUUGUUAAAAGAACAAAAUAAAAGUGAAAGUAAUAACGAUUUUGAGCGUCUUCAAGCAUCACCGAUUGGCAUGACUAAUGAAGACCUCGAUAGAAUUCACCGGAAACCRCCAAAAUUUGAAAUCCUUCAUCGAUUCAAGCCAGGCAAUAAAAGUCAUGCAAGGAGGAAAUCCAAAGCGUUUGGCAGACCUUCAGUUUGUACAGAGGUUGUUGGGCACGAUAGCGGAAGUCAGAUGAGUGGUUACCUAAAAUUCAAGCGCACUAAUAGACAUGGAUGGAAGCGCCUUUGGUUUGUCCUCAAAGACAAUGUGCUUUACACGUAUAAAGCUAGCGAGGAUGUGGUUGCUAUAGAAACUAUACCUAUUCUUGGAUACAACGUUCAAGAGGCAACAAGGACGGAGGAUGAAAUUCAGUUUCAACUCAAGCAUGCAGGGCUACCACCAAUCACAUUCAAGACAGAGAGCGCGUCCUCAGUGUCGAGAUGGAUUCAAGAAUUAAAGAAAGCCACUACGUUAUGAAAGAUACUAUUCUUCAAUGCGUUCGUAUUAUAUACUAGUUAAUAUAUGUGCUUGUAAUUCAAAUCACCAUGCUCAAAUGGUAUUCUUAUGUUGACGGUUAUGGGGAGGAGGAUGUCAGGACAUGGAGGCUGGGUGGGACAAUGGAGCCUCCCAUUUCUCUCCUCUCUAGUCUACAUUAUCGCUCCCGGCCAAUUCGUCUCCCCCAGUUUUUCAUGUUCACAUGCGACCUUCUCGGCAGGGAUGACAUCACAUGUUAAUAACAGUCAUUCUCUCUCUAAAAUACUGCUAUAUUGAUUUUAUCAGCAAUUGCAAUUAUGGUAUGCUUUGUAGUCCAAUAUUGUCCAUGCCUUAUUUGGUGUUGCUGGUUUGGGUUAAGAUUAUAGCGUCACUUCAGGGUAAGGACCUAUUAAUGAUGUAACAAUAGCCAAGAUACUGGCCCAAUUAAUGUGUAAGCCUCACACUAGAACAGACAAUAGUUGUAGGCUUAAAACCAAAUGUGAUGAAAUAGGAAAAUGCUCCAUUAGAAUGAUUGAUAUUUCAUAGACCUUUUUAGUUCAGUUUUUCCCCCAUUUCAGGCCAUGUGACAUUCCCCUGAGUAUUGUGCCUUUAUUUACAAGCCUUGUUUAAAACAAUACUUCAAKUGUGACAUUCCCCUAUUGUGUUGUGUCUUUAUAUACAAGUCUUGUUUGAAACUUUACUUCAAUCAUAGAUGAAACUGGGAAAAAAAUCAUUUUUGUUAAGAGAAUACAAGACAUUAAAAACUAAUUUGAUUUAUAAAACAAAGGGACUAAUAUAAGUGYUAAUAUCAAAUAGCAAAGAAUGAAAAACAGAUGAUUUUUAAAAUAAAAUAAAGAUUCUUUUGGAUAGAAAAUUUUUAAAGAAAAAAAUUUUAUUGUAAAUAUGUGAAGAAUUUGUUGUAACCAUGUACUAAAAAA